GCGCCAGGUGGCCCGACUGCCGCUGCCGGCCCACCCCCCGGACACUUCUGCAGGCUCCGGGCACUUGCGCCCCGGGCCGGCGCCCAGGGCGCAGAGCUGAAGGGAGCUCGCGGGGCGCCUUCUGUUUACCUUUUAUGGUUAAAAUAACAGCUUAGCAAAGAAGCGACUUCACGAAGAAGCGAUUUAGUGAAAUCGUCUCAAGCUGCCGCAGCUCAGCCAGUUUAAUCACCCCCAGAGAGCUGAACAACUGCGAGCACAAUGGGACACAAAAUCAUUUUCAGUGGUCUUGGGGGAAGGGCCGUGGCCCGGCACGGAUGCGCCUGUCCGCGGGAGCGUCGGAGACUCGGGUGAAGGCGUAAAGCCUGGGGCUUCCAAUGAUACUCUGGGCAGCGAUGGAAGCCUAGAUGCCUCACCGCAAGGAGCGGCCGAGCGGGUCCUCACUUCUCGCGCACGGCAGCGGCGGCACCGCGGAGGGAGGAAACAUGUCCCGGCUGUCUCUCACCCGGUCGCCCGUGUCCCCCCUGGCUGCCCAGGGGAUCCCCCUGCCAGCCCAGCUCACCAAGUCCAACGCGCCUGUGCACAUCGACGUGGGCGGCCACAUGUACACCAGCAGCCUGGCCACGCUCACGAAGUACCCGGACUCCAGGAUAAGCCGCCUCUUCAACGGCACCGAGCCCAUCGUCCUGGACAGUUUGAAGCAACACUACUUCAUCGACCGGGAUGGGGAGAUUUUCCGCUACGUCCUGAGCUUCCUGCGGACGUCGAAACUGCUGCUCCCAGAUGACUUCAAGGACUUCAGCCUGCUGUACGAGGAGGCGCGCUACUACCAGCUGCAGCCCAUGGUGCGCGAGCUGGAGCGCUGGCAGCAGGAGCAGGAGCAGCGGCGCCGCAGCCGGGCCUGCGACUGCCUGGUGGUGCGCGUGACGCCCGACCUGGGGGAGCGGAUCGCGCUCAGCGGCGAGAAGGCCCUCAUCGAGGAGGUCUUCCCCGAGACGGGGGACGUCAUGUGCAACUCGGUCAACGCCGGCUGGAACCAGGACCCCACCCACGUCAUCCGCUUCCCGCUCAACGGCUACUGCCGGCUCAACUCGGUGCAGGUCCUGGAGAGGCUGUUCCAGAGGGGUUUCAGCGUGGCCGCGUCCUGUGGGGGCGGCGUGGACUCCUCCCAGUUCAGCGAGUACGUGCUUUGCCGGGAGGAGCGGCGACCGCAGCCCACGCCCACUGCCGUCCGGAUAAAGCAGGAGCCCUUGGACUAGGCCCUGCCUCGCUGCCCACCUGGGACACCCCAGGGACCUGGGAACAGUGCUGGGGGGAGUCUUCCUGCGUGUGCUCAGCAGUGGGCAUGAGACUGAUGCCGGGGCUGGAGGGGCCAAAGCCGGCCCAGGGAGCACCAGGGCCCCCAGCGUCGUCAUGGCAACAGAAUCUGGGCUGCUGGAGGCAUGCCCACCGAAGGACCGUUGACGUGACCCAAAGAUGCUGCCGUGGGAACGCCGCUGCCGGCUCUCCCAGCCCCUGGCCCCCCAGCCUGGUGCCGCAUCCUCUGAGGCCAAGGGGCCCACUGAGGCAGGGUCAGCAGAGGCGUCCGCAGCUACUCCGGAGGAGCCAUUUGUCCUUCUCCACGAGUGGCAGACUCUGGUGGGUCUCCUUGAGUCAGAGAUGGCUUAUUUUUCUACAGUAUUUAAAACGGAAGCAAGUGUAACUGCACAGGUCGUCGGAGAGGCCGACAAGGACCAACACUCCUUUUUCUGGUGCUCAGUUCUCAGUCGGACGCACGGCGCCCACACGGCGGAUGAGCUGCCCGGCGUGCGGGCCAGGUGCCUGCAGAGCUGGGGCUCUCGGGACGGAUGCAAGGACGAUCGCUGCAGAGCCAAGCAGGGCUCCCAGGGGCAGGGCGGCGGGGAGGAGGGCGUGGGGCCUGGGGGGCUCUGUAACCACUGGGGGGCUCAGGCUGCACUUGGUGGGUCCCCUGACCUGCUCAUGCUGGGGCUUCCAGUCCUGUCUGCACGUCCUCCCACCUGGGCUCCCGGAGAAGUUUCCUCCCACGGGGACCAGCCACAGGGCCGCACCUUACCUCAGGAAUGGGCCCCACCAGGAAGGGGCCCAUCUGUCAGCAUUGUCCUCUGGGUCCCCAGCUCAGGGAGCCAUCCCCAGCUCCAACUUUCUUACGCUCACAUGCACACUGAGUUUUAAUUAUACUUGUCAUGCUGGCCUGCCGAUAAGACCCGGACACAGGCACACCUGGCCCUCUUGACCCCGAAUUCCAAUGAGGACUGGCCCUGAGGGGUCCUCACAGACCUGCUGCCUCUCAGAUGACAGGCCCAAGGAUGCACCCUCCCCGGCCCCCUCUCAUCCCCAAGUGCUGGCCCUUCCUGGGUGGGGAGCCUGCCGAGAACUGGUGGGCGGGGCUCCCUGGCCCUCUCCACCCCGUGUACAAUGCCUGUAGACUUGUAUAUGACUCCUUUAAUAUUGUAAAGAUGCUGAUGUAUACUUGUCGUGUGUUUGUGUGAGCACAUUCCGUUCCCAGUUCAUGCCAUAAACAAUGCUGCAAAGCAAAAGACUGAGGCUCCAUCCUGUGCAGAAGCAGCGGCUGGAUUCCCGCACUUGACGUCGUGCAGGCAGGUUUAGGGGUGGAAUUCCUCUCCCCGGCUCCUUCGGUUCAGAUGAGUAACCGGCAGCGGUGGCUGGGGAAAGGACGGGGGCCGGCCCUGAGCUUGGUGCUUGGUGUUAUUUAUUGCGUUUGGGUGUUUCCUUGCUUCUGCUGUCUGUCCCCUCUGGGCAGCACAGAUCCUGCAUUCUGAUUCACAGCCCCUGACCAGAUGCGAACCAGGGAAAGACAGACAGAUGUCCAGGGGCUUUUGAACUCAGUCUUGAAUGUUUGGGAUUUUUCUCUCACACUGUCUUUUGGUUGGGGGUGACGCCCUCUUUAGAGCCACACGUAGCAGCACGGAGAAGGUGGCAGGCCAUGGCUCAGGCCAGCCAGGGGCACAGAGAUGCAGUUAGCACGAGAGCGGCAGUUCCCCGAUGCUCAGAAUAUGAUCUCGACAUGUCCAAGGGAAGGAGCUUGAAUGAAUUCACGUAGACCUCCCAUUUUAAUGAGCCUUUCCCUAUUUUUCCUCAAAGCCUUUGUGUUCUAACUCACGAGGACCCUUUUACCUGCCCCCCUAAGGGCCACCAGCCUCAGAGAACAGGAGCACGCCCAGCCACCUCCUGUCUGGGGCUGCAGAGCAGAUCCUCUUCCUCUGUACGAACAAUCUAAUUUGCUGGACAAACUUGCUGGGCUUCUCCUCUGCUUAGCAACGCGCCUGCAGUUGGCACAUCUGCAUUUUGACAUCCGAGAGGAGGAGAAAGCCUUGUGUUUAUUGGAAAGGAAGUCUUGUGAAAGUAGCUCAAUGCUGCGUGUGUUUAUGGGUUUUUCUGGUGUGAUAGCAUGGUCAUUUACUGAUUGGGGGGAUUCUCUAACAUUUCCGAAGCCAGCUGUAUUUUUAAUUAAGUCGUCAUGCUAAAAAAGAAGGGAAGAAAAAGAGUAACCCUAUCCGAUUAAAUGCUACUCUGUUUCUUUACUAAUUAAGUGAAAUCAGGAAGUAUGAUUUUCUCCAUCAACUUGGGAAUAUCUGAAUUUGUAGGGAAAGACAUAGUAAUGCUGUAAUUCUAACAGACCUAGUCUCCAUAAAUAAGUACAAAUUAUCAAUUCCUUUGAAACAUUUUUACACUUCCUGGAAUGAAUAUAUUUAUAAGCAACGUUUUGUCAAAUACCAGCAAUAUAAAUGUUAUUUCUGCUCUUCCUAAUCCUCAAAACGAUUGUUGAUCGUGAGCAACAACAGGUCAGAGCUGUGCCAAAGCUUCCCUCCUUGCUACCAAACCUCUGCCAGGGACUGCAGAGAACUCGCAAAGCCACAGCGUGUGGCCACCAUCCCACUCUCAUGGGGGCUCCAAGCCAGGUCACAACACUAAUAAUCUUUCCAAAAGUGUGUCGAGGUUUUUUUUGUUUUUGUUUUUUUUUAAAGCUACUAUUUGACUGUGUUCCUUAGAAUAAAUAAAGGAUAUUUUAUAAAUUA